AACACACACAUAAUGAUAAGAUAGUGCAGAUUUUUAAUAGGAAUGCUAAAAAAGAUAAGAGCCAUUUAAUGUUAUACUUUCACACGCAACGAAUCUGAUCACAAUGCCAGCUUACAGAUGGGUGUCACGACAUGUGGGUCAAUCACUUCCGGAAACGGCUGUUAAAGGAGGUAAAGACGUUGAUGGUUGUCCAAUUUACAUUGGACGUGCGUACCAUAAUGGAGAUACGGUUCCAGCUAAAGUGAUCCCAGAUAAACAAGCUGUAUAUAUUUGUCAUGCUGGUGAAGAACAUACAAAACAAGAAUUUGAAGUACUCUGCCAAGGGGAAUUUGCUUGGGAAUUUGCUAGUAAUGGUGUGAUUCCUGAGGAUGCUGUUGUAGGGGGACAGACUUCUGAAGGAGAACCUCUUUACGUAGGUCGUGUUCUUCACAAUGGUGCACAAACAAUUGGUAAAAUUCAGCCUAGCCAUGGAUGUCUUUAUAUACCAUUUGAUGGAGAAGAAUUGUCUUUCCGAGAUUACGAAGUCCUUGUUAAUCACUAACAAUUAUAAUUAUUAUUAUAAUCAUGAUUAAUUUCUUUAUCCAUGAUUUUUAUUAUCACAAUGACAAGUUAAAUUUAUAAAUUGCAAUUUUAAAUAAAUAACUAGCAAUUUGUA